AAGUCCAAAGGCAAGAAAGAUUCUGCAGGAGGUGUCAACAGCCACAUACGCGCGCGCAUUGACUAUCUAUACAAAGCGGCUACUUUCCUGCAAGCCCAAUCCAGCGCUCAUCAUCUACCUCAGCUUUCUCGGAAUUACUUGUCACAAAUGCGCGGCGUAUCUCUGAAAACGCAACUUCGCCUACCGGUUGACAUGAAGAGAUCUUUCUGCAAGCGAUGUGAUACGCUUCUACUUCCUGGAGUAACUUGUACGCGCGAAAUGAGGAAUCCCAGCCGCGGCCGCAGAAAGCCAUGGGCUGAACUCUUGGUCAUUCGUUGCUCUACUUGCGGGACAGAGAAGCGUUUCCCCCAAACAGAGAAGCGCAGCAAGAAGCUGACUGAUCGUCGGCAAGAACAAGGCCAAGAGAAGCAAGAC